AUGAACAACAGCACAUCCGGCGCUCAUCAGAAGGCCUUCAUGUGGGAGCUCACUGACACUGAUGAAGGCACAAUCUCCAGCUCACCCGUUUCUUCUAUUCAUUCUGGGUACAACGCAAUGGCACGUGGUUCAACAGUCAAUGCUAGGAGUAGCAGCAACCAAAUCAGCAGCAUGAGCACCAGCGCCUUUGGCACCAGGAAUGAACGUGAGGAGUACAUCUGUCAUUCGAGAGCCGUAAAUGGCCAUUUCGCUAACCAACCGCGCUGUCCACGGCUGUUUCUUUCUGAUCCUAUGCAUGCAUCAGCAUUGCAGUCCGGGGGAGUGGAAAAGGAAGUAUAUUCGAAAGUGCCACUCGCUGAAGCUAAGUGCUGCGAAAAUUCGGAGGCUGCUACGUCACCUGUAAGUGGCGAUGAAACAAAUGCUGAGUUGGAGGCAGGCAACCCGUUGCUGCGUAGGGCGGAAGGCAAAAGCGAACUCGACGGCGUUGAGGGAGAGAUGAAACGCUGCGGGAUCCAGAGAGGUGUAUCUUCUGCUGAUAAGUGUACUGACGCCGGGGGUGAGGAACAGAGAGGAGGCGAGGAUAGCCGAAGCCCACCUGAUGCUCAGUCUGCAAGAACAGACGAGACGGAAGCCGCUACUCCGAGUCGUGGGGCGUCGACAAUGCAAGGGGAUGACAGGACGACGCAGACGCGCCUAGAUGAACUAUCUUUACUUUCCUUCAAUGCGGGGCUUCUAGAGUACAAACUAUGCGGCCUUCGCGUUUACCAAAAUCCUCCCUUCACACAGCGCCGACUUCAUCACAUUCCGGCGGCAAUACUCUCAACGGGAGCUGACAUCAUUUGCCUGCAAGAGGUGUACGGAGAAAACCACGCCGACUUCAUCAUUGAGAGCACUCGCCAUAAACUGCCUUUUGUUGGUCGCCGCACGUCUGGGGGUCGUUUCGCACUUCACAAUGGCCUAAUGGUUCUUAGCAAGUUUCCAAUCGUCCAUACUCAGUUUCACAAAUUUGAAGAUGUGACGUACAUCGAACGCUGCUUUGCUUCGAAGGGGAUGUUGGAAGUAGCCAUCGACGUGCCUUCUAUCGGUGUUAUUGCUGUUUUUAAUAUCCAUUUGGCGAGUGGAGCCGUCGACCCAGAGUCCCGCUAUGUGGAAGACGUGCGAGCAGCAGAAAUUCGUCAGCUGUUGAAAGCCUGCGAUGCUGCAGCAGACAGAGGCCAUGUGCCUCUCGUUAUUGGCGACCUCAAUGCAGCCCCCCACUUAUGCGCUUCAAAUUACAAGUGCUUCGUGGAGCGAGGCUGGCGGGACUGUUGGUUGCACGUGCAUGGGCAUCAGCGACACUUGUUGCAGCAUCAUCUUUUGCACCAGCAGCAGUUGCUGGAUGAGCAGCAGCUAGAUGACCAAGGAAUUGAGCUCCACGAUCGGCACAUUCGUCGGGACCUGUUCGUGCGUGUUAGGCGACAGCGACGCAUGAGGAUGCACAUAGAACCAGGGCCGAGGGGACUUCAGGCACAUCCGGCUGCUCUGUCACAGGUGACGGCGUCUUCUAGAAGUACUGUGCAGCAGCACGUGCUCAACAAAUCUGAUGCUGCACCUUCUGCCAGUGUGACAUCGGAUGCAGACAUAAGUGACACCGAAGGAGAACAGAAGCAACAGCUGCUAGGUCAGCGGCAGAGCCUACAAGCGCGAUCCUCACAGAGGAGUGGUCCUCGAGAGCAGUCAGUUUUACGGAGCAGUGGCACUGGUCAACGAGACAGGAGCAUAUUUUUCGGUAACAUGAACAGCUACCCGUCUAACGAGAACUGUAGACGGGGUCCCACAGGAGGUUCGAGCCGCCGUUUUCCUCACCAGGAAUGUGUAGAGUUGUCCAAUUGUGACUCUAGUGAUGCAGCAACAACGGCACCGCGCAACACCUCAGGCAGAAAUAGCAGUGCGCUAAGUGCUAGCGCAGGCGAGGAAGAAAGCGCCAGUUUGCCCGUCAGAGGGUUACUUGGGGGCUACUUUGGCAGGGCAGGUGGAGGCGUACAGCUCCCCUUGGCUUUUGAGUUGCCGGCUGCUGCAGCCUGGGCCCACCGCGAGUUUUUCUUGACGGCAAAGCGGCGGCUUAUUGAGCAACAGCAGAAGUGGCUGGGCGGUGGGGACAAAGCACCUGUCCUAGAUGUGCGUCUCUCACUUUCAGCGCCCCAGCACCAGCAGCGGGGUGUAGACGCAACCCCGCUUGCCAGUGACUGUUCGCUGGCGUCCUGCAGCACUGCCCUUACUGCAGUACAGGGCGGCGACAAAAGCCUGAUGCCGGGCAAAGCGUGGCGUUCUGUAGCGCUUGCAGUUGCACCUGCACAAAGCCAUUGGAACAGCGAGGGAACUGAUGGUUCUGUAGCAGAUUGGCUGCUUUCAGACACGGACGAAGAGACCGAGUCCGGGGAAAGCGGUGAUACCGUCAUACAAUGCGCUUCUGACGAAGAUAGGGCAAAUUACUCGCGCCGAGACUUUACAUGGGACCCGGAGAAUCCACUGAACUCUAUUGGGCCUCAUGCAGGUUGUCACGGGCUCCGUUGUGACUACGUGUUUUUGCCCCCCCAUCAAUUUGCGGGGGGUCUAUAUCCGUUUUUACCGGUUGCCGCUGAUAUCCUCAUGAGGGACCCUCGUGUCCUAGUUGAUGCCUGCUGCUUUGGUUGCUUCGGGGAAGUGAUGCUUGUGACACUGAGCGAUCACUACGCCAUCCGUAUCACCCUGAGGCGGAGCACAGACACUGAUAUCGCAGACUUUUGGGGGUCAUGUGCUGCAGAAGCGGCAGCUCUUAGGUCAGUCAACCAGGCAGAAAGAGAUCCACCGGCUGCUAGCUGUGAAGCGAGCCUACAGGCGAGCGAAUAG